CAUUAUUUAAAUUCCAUAUCUGGGGAUCUUAGUUUACCCAAAUCCAGUUUUGCGGGAAAAUUUAAGUGCAGUUUCGAGAUGAGCUCAGAACCCUGUGUCUACUUCAACUCCCCCUCGGGAUGCUGGUAUGGAGAUCAUUGUCGAUACUCCCACAUCAAAGGUGUGGCUCCAAGGUGUCGCUUCUACAGUGGACCAGGUACUUGUAGAAAUGGAAAUCAGUGCUAUUUCAAACAUGUUGAACCUGAUGGCACAAAAAAGAUUAUAAGUGCUGUGGUGAAAUCAGAAGUUCAGAAAGACCUAGAAGAUGCUCUUCAGUCUUUAUCCCUGAAAUCUGGUGAUCCAAAGUCUGUGAAAGUCCAGAAAAAAGCAGAUAAGGCAGACACCAAAGGAAACUCUUCCCCUGAAGGUGACACCAGACGAGUCAUCUGUAAAGAGAAAUACCUGUCUGUAAAGAUUAAUAUUCCUGACCUUAAACAAGAGGCGAAUGAAGAAUGCUGUGAUAAUACCCCUGUCGCUUCCUCUGAGCCAGGAGAAAGUUCUGAUGAAGCAAAGGUUGGGGAGGGGGCUAAAAAGGAAGAUGAGAGUGGCAUCAUUAAAUGUGGAGAAUGUGGCAAACUAAUUCACAUGAAGGUGUUGCCUAAGAUUCCAAAAGAUUUCAAAAAUACAGCCAGUGACAGCGAAAAUCCCACGUAUUGUGAUGACGAUGAUAUAAGUAAUGUGUCGGAUGUCAGCGACGGAAGUGACUUCAGUUACGAGUACGAUGAACUAGAGCAGCAUUACAGAGACAUGCUUCUCAGCAUGAACAAGGAGCACCUUAAUUUCCUCCAACGCGACCCUCGCUUCCAUAGGGGGACAUGCUGUGGUGUUUGUGGUCGCGUGUUCGGGAAGGCACGUCACCUUCUUCAGCACAUCGUGGAUAAGGUCAAGUCAGAAAAUGACGAGGAGGGGCACAAUGACUUUCUACAUGAACUGGUUCUGGCUUUUACAGACCGUGACAUAGGACUAGAUGAUGACAAGGAAUGUAUGGAUAUGCUGCUGCUCCACCUGGUGGCCUCCUACACAGGGGGCAGCAACUCCUCCAGUGAUUCAGACAAUGGAGGACUUGAACACUUUCUCAGGAUGCUGGCUUUAAAAAAGCACUCAAGUGACUCUGGUGACUCGGACUACCUCACUAAUCCCUGGGGAUUUGAUGAAGACGAUAUGUUUGAGUUGGCUUGUCAAGGGAUUAAACCAUGGGAUCCAGAGGCAGGGAUGGCUCUAGCUGUUCUCAAUGGCGAUAUUGACUUUUGAAAAAAAAAAAAAAUGGACAAAUAAGGUGCUAGCUAAUUUUCUUGAUACAUGUAUAAAUAAUUUAUUAUGUCUGUACAUAAUUUGAAUUCAUCAGUAUUUUUUGUUUUCAAGUUUAGCCAAAAGAGGUUAUGCAUUGGAAAUGUGUCCGUUUGUCUGUCUAUCCGUAGAAAAUUUUUGAAAACACUGCUGUUCCUGUCGUUUUUUUUUUUCUAUUAUUCAAUGUAACUUUUCACUCAUGGACAUACCUGUACAUUGUAUAUAAACUCAUUCUACACACCAAUUUAUUUCAUUGAAUUGAAUCACAACACUACUUUGCAAUAUUUUUGGAAUGAUUACAAAUUGUAUAAAUUGUUGCACAUCAUUUUUGAGAGA